UCCCUCAGAGACAGUAGUUUGACUUCACAGAAUCAGACUCUCUGGGCAAGCUCUCUCUCUCUCUCAGUUUUGAAAUCUUCUCAAGCAUCUUAGCUUUAGCUCUCACUGUUGUUUAUGUUCAGAAUUCAGAUCUAGGGCUAUUUAUAAUGUCCUCAAAUAGCUUGUAUUGUGUAACUAAGAAAUCCUCAACCUCCAUAUUUAGGAAAUUAAGUUUCUCAAUCCUAUUUAUCAAAUAUAUACCUUAAAUGGCUUGUACUUUCUUGUGUUGGGUAAUUGAAAGAAGCAACACCUUUCAGAUUAAAUGCUUAUCAAUCAUCACCAUGUGUUUCACUCUGAUUUCUCCCUUUAGUUUCACCUUUCAGACAGUAAUACUUGCAAGUUUUACCAAUACGAUUAUGUAGUCUGAAUUCUCUAUUUCAUGCCUACAACUCAAACAUUGCCAAAUCAAUUUCCAGUUGACAAGAUGGUCAAGGAUUUGUUUAGAAGAUUGACUGGAGGGCCCAAGACACGGGAAUACAACAUCAAAUCUCUAAGAGCUGUUAAAAGGAACCAGAAAAGAAGAAAGAUGAAUUAUGAGAACGAGGUAUCUGGUGUAGAUGUCAUUGGUUAUCAGAUUAAGAGUUAUCGAAAAAGGCAGGCAAUAAUAAGACUUAGGGGAGGGGUAGAACUUAAAGCUAGCUUUGUAGAAUUUUGUAAAAAGAGGAAAGCAAUUAGUUGCUUCAAUGCAACUCGUCAAGUCAGCCAUGAGUUUGUUUUGGCGCCUAUAUUCAUCAGUCACAAUAAAAAGAAGGGUAAGACAUUACUAUUCUACGAAAGGUAUGACUGCUUGUUGGCUGAUUGGAGAGAAGGGAAUGAUGGUUGGUGGCAGCAAGCUACCCUAGAACAAAUUCGGGCCACAAAGUAUAUGCACGACAAAGGAUUUAUUCAUACAAGCCUCAACAGCCCAAGCAACUUUGCUAUUAAAGAUAACAAGUUAAAGAUGCUUAACAUCACUUCAAGCCUACAACAGUACCGAGACAAACAUCCACAUACUAAUGAGGAGAACAUCAAGAGGGACAAUCUUAAAAGCCUUAGGGAUUUGUUGAGGUCAAAGUACCAGGAGAAAAAGGUUCUCACUCAUGAUGAUGAAGCGUUUUUCAGCUUAUUUGACCACGAUGAUAUCAAGAAUUAUCUUCAUUUCUACGAAGAAUUGGUUCAUAAGCUAAUCACUCAUCCAUAUGCUAUGGAUUAUAGUGAGUACAUGUUGAGCUUCCAACGUCUUCAAUUGGCAGAUGAGAGAGGCUACCUGAAAAAGAGUUUAGAGGAGCUAAUGGAAGGCCAACAGUUCUCCAGUACCAAAACUGGAUAG